ACUAGCUCGCCUAUACUCACAACUCACAUUAUUACUUACCAUAUAACCAUAUACGCAUUUGCUCACUUAUUUGUUACCCAUAUAAUGCGCUAGGUGUUUGUUGAUGUUUGCAAUGUGUAAUAAUCUAAAUGUAAAGCAAAGAUUUCACAGUCAAUUUUACACAUCCUGUUAUGUCAGUUUGAUUGGCGAUGAUCUGAUUUUUAAACUAUCCGUUUGGGAGGUCAACAUUUUUUCAGCUUGCUCCAUUCUCUUAAUUGAAGUCCGGACAUUGAUUCGAAGUCCCGAGACGAAUUAAUCCAGAAUGGAAAACAACGCCUUGGAUCUUUCGAAGCCUGCUGCGCCUGAUGAUUCCCAAGGAUCGAAAGGCAUAGGCCAAACUCACAGCCAGAAAAGAAAAGUAGAGCCAUCGUAUGUUUCCCAGUCUACUCACCCGGCUAACAUUCGUAAUCAACAAGGAGGCGAAAACCCUAAUUUAAAAAGACCUAGACUUGAAGGCAACUCAUCAAGUUUCAAAACUUUCGAUGAAAGCGAAUUUAUUUUUGAGAGUCUUGAGCGAAUCACUGACGAACUUGCGAUGAUCAAACAGUAUCUACGUGACCUGCCACAGAAACUUGCCAUAAACAUGUCAUCAAUAGUCAAAUCAGAGAUUGAUUCUCAAUUCCAGCAGCUAUCGUCAAAAUUGCUUCUGGAAAUCAGGAGGAACAACCCGAAUGUUUCACCGCAGCAUUUAAGUGAAAAAGGUUCGACGGAUCGACACGGUCAAAAACUGGAGUUCGAAGUGCCGAAUGGCCCUGGAAAUAUGGAUCCUUCCAGUGCAGUCUGUUCACAAGUUCCUAAACUAUCGCCUAUGCACUUGAGUCCUUCGAAAACACCUCAACAAGCGCUUGAAACCAUGGUCAAUCUGCGAGCUUUGAACCGAAGAUUUGAGUCUAUUGGAAAUUUUCCCAAGUUGAACAUUGGAUUCCCUUUUCAAGUUAACUCUCCGAAUAUAUUUAACCCUUCUAACAUGAUUCAAAAUAGUAACAAGGCGCCAGUGCCAUCAACAAGCUCGGCGAGUUUCACCGAUGAAAGAAACAAAUCGAUUGUUUCCAACACUAGUCAAGUAACGUCCCAACCCCAGACUUUCACUUCGCAGCUCGUGUCGCUAGCCCAAAAUCAGGGUUCCUCGGUUCAGCAAAACCGAGGAGCAGCCCCGGUACCGACAACGCCAAAGCCUUCGGAGGGACCUUCUAGCUCAGGAUUGUCAUCCGCGUCGUCGUCAUCUCCGCCAGAUUACCAUUCCCUUUCGGGUGAAAUGUCUGGACCGAAGUAUAUCCAGGCACCAGUCCAGAUCAGAAUCGAGGACUUGCAUGCUGAUUGCAACGUGCAUAAAGUGAAAAUUCUUGACAUUAUCCCGCCCCUGGACGUUUUCGAACUGGACGACCAGUUUAUGUACAAAAUUUUCCUAAAGUACAAAUAUCCGUCUAUUUUUGUCCAAGCUCUGUUCGUGCUGCAUUACGGAAGUUUCAAGGCCAUGCAUCUAAACACGAGUUCACGCGUGAAAAAUAACCUUGAACUUAUUCCUGAAUCGUUCGUGAACAGCUUGACAGUUCUGGUUCUGAACUGGUUUCCCGCAGUCGAUGACCUGGACUUUGGAAAAUGCUUGAACCAAAAACAAAGAUCUAUCCUUUCUGCGGCAAGGAGCUGUUUGUUCUUCAAGAAAUGCGAUGCUUGCAAGCAGCGAAAUAUAGACAGUUUGCCUUCGACUUACAGCGUGAAAAACUUGGUUCCUUUAAUGGCUGCACAGCAACAUAAACAAGUCAAGCGAGAGGCGAUGAAUGCUUCAGGCGUGAACCAUUUUAGGAUGAGUCAUCAUAAUACGGAUAACAGUAGCUCAGACCAUAGUGGCUUUGGAAGCGUCUUUGGAUCUUUUCCGACUAUGGUGAAAAGUGAAACGGGUCCUAUAUUUCCUUCCCCUCCUUUGUCGGAUAGUUUGAGUCCAAUCAUGGAUCUGUCGGACUCAUUGACAAGUGUGUUUGACAGGGUGUCGGAGUUGGUGAAUGGGACGGAGGUUCCGAGACCUGUUGGACUGAAGAUGACAAAUGAUUGCACACCUCAAAAACCCUAAUACUAAAUAUAGUUUAUACCGAAAUCAUCAAUAAACAUUUGAUGAUAUUUCAGUUUCCUUCUACUGCCUAAAUCUAAUCCACAAUCAUUAUCUUUUUAUUAUCAUUUCUGUCAAACUU